UUUUUUUAUAUAAAAAAGGGAGUGCUAAAGGAGUCAUUCAGAAGUGAGUGAAGGGGCAAAAAAGCUCAUUUCUUUCAUUCAGGAAUGGACACUGGACCAGAAUGAAAUGUGGGAAUAUCGGGAUUGGCAGAUUUGUUAUAUUGAAAUAAGCCUCAACUCAACACGACUAGUGAAUUCAAAUUAUAGUCACUUGCGGAUUUCUUAAAAUUGUUGUAGUGUAGUGUAGUAUUGUGGUUUUUCAGUAAAGACCCCGACCUAUAAAUAUUCACAGCCCGGCUCAUACGGGCGGACAAUAUUCACCCAGAGCCCCGUUGCGACCGCAAUGCUGUUCUUGAAGGACCUUACCUUAGAGUAGAGCAAAAAAAGGGAAUAGAAGUUAGGAAGACUACUGACGUAGGGCGGCGGGUGAGCUCAACCUCGAACCAAACAAGCAACGGAUUGAGCAACUAGCGCUAGGCGCAUCCUCUUGCUCCUUAACGACCGAGGGAUGAAAUCUUUCGACGACUAGGGAGGCCCGAGACCGAUUCCUGUGGAUCACUAUAGAAUCUUCUGGAAGCAAGCUAGGCUACCUUCUGGCUAGCUCUGCCAUCUUAGAAAAAUUCCUUCGCGCUUAGCUUAGUAAGCUAGCUUGGUAAGCUAAGCAAGCCUGGUUCUCCGGGCACUAUGGUAGGACGUGGAUCGAUCAUGACGAGAAUGGACUUCUCCGUCAUGUAAUGGUUUAGAAGAGUCACGGUCCAGUUCCCCGCCGGGCUUUUUCCCUUCUCGACUAGACGAAGGAGAUAUUCAUUCCAUUCAGGCAGGUGAGGAAGGGCGGCGUCGGCUUGACCCUGUCUUCUCUGGGUCGGAGGCUAAGUUUAUCAUUCAGUGGUGAGGUGUUCAUAGAAAGCAAGGCCUCGCCCAACGCAACGAGUGGCGGAUUUGGUUUGGAUGGGGUCUCGUCUCGCUUGGACGCUGGGGAGAUCUGGAUAGAGUCUUUCUCGCUCAGUAAAGAAGAGUACGCGCGCUACGGCUUACGCAGUGGAUCUUCGGGCAACCGGCACAUCCAAUUCCGAUCAACAACUUGGAUGGAGGUAUGGCUGAGUGGCUUAAGGCAUUGGUUUGCUAAAUCGACAUACAAGAAGAUUGUAUCAUGGGUUCGAAUCCCAUUUCCUCCGGUUGAACGGGCGGGCGAAAUUACGUGAGAGAAAGAACCUCAGAUUGAUGGAGUCCGCCGUCGGACAGAAUAGCACUACUUAGUGACUAGGAGCGGAGCGCCCCUUUCUUGUUCUUGGUGGCGUCUAUAGCGAAGAAGACCUUCCCGAACGAGGGCCGUCCAGUCCCUGGGCGGCUCUCGGUUCUUGAGCAAGCUCCUCCACUGCGGGUAGGAUGCUCAUAGAUGAAGAAAAGAGACUUUAGGCAAGUGGUUCUGGUAGCUCAGCUGGUUAGAGCAAAGGACUUAAAAUCCUUUUUUGCUUGUUUCAGUGGGAAGAGCAAGGGGCAUUGCCCUUGAAAUCCUUCAGUGGUUCGAAUCCACAUCUGAGCGUCUUUUUUUUUCGGUAUGCCGCUCCGCGAGCAAGGAGCGCCGCGAGGAGAGCGAGAGAACGAAGUGGGCUUUGGUGAUGUCGGAAUUUGCACCUAUUUGUAUCUAUUUAGUGAUCAGUCCGCUAGUUUCUUUGAUUCCACUCGGUGUUCCUUUUCCAUUUGCUUCCAAUAGUUCGACCUAUCCAGAAAAAUUGUCGGCCUACGAAUGUGGUUCCGAUCCCUCCGGUGAUGCCAGAAGUCGUUUCGAUAUACGAUUUUAUCCGGUUCCUAUUUUAUUUAUUAUCCCUGACCCGGAAGUCACCUUUUCUUUUCCUUGGGCAGUACCUCCUAACAAGAUUGAUCUGUUUGGAUCUUGGUCCAUGAUGGCCUUUUUAUUGAUUUUGACGAUUGGAUCUCUCUAUGAAUGGAAAAGGGGUGCUUCGGAUCGGGAGUAACCACUAGUGAAAGGGCUAAGGGGGGAAGGACAUAGGAAAGAGGGAUGCCUACAAAAAAUCAAU